AAUCUUUAAAACUGGAAUCUUUAGAACUAGAAUCAUGACACUGAAGUGGGCAGCUUGUACUUGGCUACGUAACAGUCUAGCUAGGGUGGCAUAUUGCAAAUUUAAUCUGGUGUGCUUUUGGAGAGCUGGACAGAAAAGAAUCCCAUUUGUAACAGCAGUAAUUGUGGUAAUUAAGGGCAGCUGUGCAUAGUAUAGUUGAUCCAAGUGAAUGCUAGCUAGCUGGCUUGAAUCAGCUGUUCUCCUUUGCCUGCUUCUCAGCUUCAGUUUCUCAUUAGCAAGACUUCCCCAACCUGGUGCCCUCUAGGUGUGUUGGAUUACAACUCCCACAAUCCUAGGCUGGAUGAGGGGUAACCAGAUCAAUGAUGAUUGAUUAUGCAAUAGAUCUAACCUUGGAAAGCAUCCUUCUUAAAGGCCCAAGAGGUACCCCGGCAGGAAUAGAGUUACUUUUAUUCUGAAGGCAGCCAGCUUCUUUUUCAAAAGGAAGUGGAUUGGACUGUGUUUAAAUCAUCUCUCCUGAAAGAUCCAUCUUUAGGAUAGAGAUUCAGGUCCUGAAUUUCCUCCGUGUUAUUGAAAUCUAACCCUGUUGUUAAAAAUAGGGCCGACAAAAACUAUUUUUCAAAUCUUGGCUCCAUGUCACUUCAACUAUCUUCCCCCCCCCCAUUUCUAACUCAGCUGCGAAGGACGCGGUGGCUCAGCUGGUUAAGACUCUGAGCUUGUCAAUCGAAAGGUCGGCAAUUCAGCAGUUCGAAUCCCUAGUGCCACGUAACAGGGUGAGCUCCUGUUACUUGUCCCAGCUUCUGCCAACCUAGCAGUUCAAAAGCACGUUAAAAAUGCAAGUAGAAAAAUAGGGACCACCUUUGGUGGGAAGGUAACAGCGUCCCAUGCGCCUUUGGUGUUUAGUCAUGCCGGCCACAUGACCACAGAGACGUCUUCAGACAGUGCUGGCUCUUCGGCUUUGAAACGGAGAUGAGCACCACCCCCUAGAGUCAGGAACGACUAGCACAUAUGUGCGAGGAGAACCUUAACCUUUACCUCAGCUGCACAAGAAAUGGAAGAGCUAAUUGGUCUCUUUUUCAAUGCAGAUUCACAAAGUGAUGUGCAAGUUGUGAUUUCUCUUGAACUUUGGCUUGUAAUGUGCUCUUAAAAGCAACACAGGAUCACCACCCAAACAAAACAUGCAGCCAACUCUACUGUAAGUGGGAGUUGGGGGUAAGAUGGUGACUAGAGUCACAUUCCAUACAAUUAUUUUUAAACAACUGAUUGUUGUAACCCUCAACAAAUGAGGCCAACCAUGUUUUAGCAUUUCAUGCUAAGCUAAACCCAAAUAAAGCACUUUAUACGGGAUAGCAUGUUGUACUAACCAACUUGUAAUUUCAAACGCAGCACAAUCACUGUCACAAGAAUUAUGUCUAUUGCUAUGUUUUCGAAGAAGUAAAAUAUUGAAACUUUUAUGUCUUUGAAUUUACACCCUACCAUGCUUCUUUCGGUGCUAUAAAAUCUAACUACCAAGGGUAGUUUUCCCAAAAGACCAUUGGAACCAUUUAUUACGCUGACCAAAUUGCAAGUUCUAAUAAUCCUAACAGGGACUGGAUUCAAGGGAUGUGGAUCCGUUUCAGGGAGGCAAUUUUAUCUAUUAUUCAAAAAUGAUUCAAUAAAUAGUUCUGCGGUACAAAUUUUAUGCUAUUUUGUAACGUUAAACGACAAUUAUUAUGCCCCAAGAUAGAUUUAGACAGGUUUGACAUUUGUUUAAAUGUGACACAUAAUAAUGAUGGGUUUCCCCUUUUCUGCUCUUUAUAGUUUUGUCUAUUUCUUUCUGAAAAAGUUAAUAAAUUAUGAUCAAGUUUGAAAAAGGAACAGGCCCACCGAGCCAUGGGGCAGGAUAAUCGGAAACACACACACACACACCGUCCGCCAAACGUCUUCCCAAGGCUGCUUCUAUUCCAGAGAAGAAAAGGUUAAACUCAGCCUCCCCAUCUGUACUUGAUCCCCCCCACACACACCCCCGUCUGUCACCAGAAGCCGGGGAACGUAAUUGUUUCCUUGCACAGAAUCUCUCCUGCCCGCUCCUCUCCGCCAAAGCGAGGGGGGGGGUGUCGGAACGUAAUAGAAACCAGACUCCUAAGGAGAGGGAGAUUUCUUCCCCGCCAUCUCCCCACUGUCCGCCUCCCCCCGCCACGAAGUGCUUGGCCAGCUGUUUUUCUCAGGAUGCGGGGAACGGAGGGGGCGAGAGCUUUGUGCUGCCCUCUACCGAUCAGCGCCCUGGUAAAAGCGAGCUCGCUUUCCUUUGCCCAGCCCGACGCUCCGGAGAAGCGGGCGGUGCAGAUUCCCCUGUACGUGGGACCGGUUUUUUUACUGUUUGUUUUGCCUCCCUCCUCCCCCCACGCCGGAUGUUCGCCGCCCUACUGUAUAAACUUUCUUAAAAAGUUUUACUGGAUGCAGAAUGCGGAUCCUUCCCGCCGGGGCCGAGAUCGAUUCCGCACUGGGGGGAAAAGCGAAUCGGUCAGCCGAGCGGGCCAGGAAGGCUGAACCCGCCAGCAGCAGCAGUGACUGCGGAUCCGCAUCCCCGAUCUCGCGUCCUUCCCUGCCCUAAGCAGGCGUGGGAUUUUUAAAGCGCCAGGAACGACCUCGCGGGCCCGCUGCUCCGACAAACCCACGAUAUUAUAUAGAGCUGAUUAAAUUAACCUGGAACCCUUCCCAGCCUCUUCGGGAUGCCAGACGAGCGUGCGUUCACGUGCCUCGUCCACUCGUGUUGGAAGUGACGUCCCUUCUUAGCCCUUAUAAGUUUGGCGAGCGGGAGGGUCGCGCGUCAUUCCUCGGCUGGAGGGGUGGGUGAGUGGCUUGCGUGCGCUCGAGGCAUUUGCUUGCUGGAGGUGAGCGAGCUGCUGCUUUCUCCGCCUGGGAGUCUCUUCCCCCCACCUCCCCCGCCCCAGUGGCAGGGAAAGCCAAGGCACUUGGCAGCUUUGCAAUAGUGGCGAAUAAUUGGCAGGCUAUUCUACAUGGGGCCGACCGAUCACUAAGAAUUUCGGAAUUCCACGAGGCAGUUCGAGAGGGGGAUAAUUUACUGCGCCCACCCCACCCGCGCCCUAUUCCACCUUUUAAACCGAGCAGCAACUCUUGAAAGGAAGAACUACAAUCAUUCUUUUACACAAUUCACUGGCAUUGAAAAGCAGAAAAGACUUGAGCAUUUAGCUGGAAAAUAGGUUGCAAAAUGGAGAUGCGCAUGGAAUACUUGACUUUGUGGUUCUGCUUACUAAAUGUAUUUCUAAUGGUUUGGAACCAUAACAUGACUGAAGGAUCCCCAGCAAUAUUGGGCCACCCAUUCAUCUCAGUCUGGAAUGCACCAACUCAAAUAUGCCAAGAAAAAUACAGAAUAUCCCUUGACUUGAGUAUUUUUGAUCUAAUCGUCAACCCGAAUGACUCAUUUAUAGGGAAAGACAUUACUCUCUUCUAUAGUAAUAAAUUUGGAUACUAUCCAUAUUACACGAAGGAUGGAGUUGCCAUCAAUGGCGGUCUCCCUCAAAAUGCUAGUCUAAAAGCUCAUCUCCAGAAGAUUGAACGAGACAUUAAUAAUACUAUUUUGGAUGUUGGCUUCAAAGGUCUGGCAGUUGUGGACUGGGAAUGCUGGCGUCCCUUGUGGAUUCGGAACUGGGAUUCUAUGAAAAUCUAUCGAUAUAAAUCCAUAAAGUUAGUUAAGGAGCAGCAUCCUGAUUGGCCUGCAGACAAAGUGAUCAAAGUGGCCCAGUUAGAAUUUCAGCAAUCUGCUUUGGCAUUUAUGAAGCAGACAUUGGCCCGUAGUGAAACCCUGAGACCGAAGGGCUUCUGGGGCUUUUAUGGUUUCCCCAAUUGCUAUAACAAUCAGUACCAAGAUGCCAAUUAUACUGGAGAAUGUCCAGCGAUUGAGAAACAGAGGAACAACAAAUUGUACUGGCUCUGGAACCAAAGCCAGGCUCUCUAUCCCAGCAUUUACCUCCCCCAAAUUCUCAGACUGACUCACAAAACUCUUGAAUUUUCUCGUCAUCGAAUCCAGGAGGCCUUCAGGGUUGUGAAGUGGACACAGAAUGAUAUCCCUGUCUUACCCUAUACUACCAUUGUAUAUGAUUUUACUCAUGACUUCCUCACACAGGAAGACCUGGUCCACACCAUUGGUGAGAGUGCUUCUCAAGGUGCUGCUGGAGUUAUCUUGUGGGGUAGUACAAAUUUCAGUAAAUCUCAGGAAGCUUGCCUUGAAGUGAAGGAGUAUGUGGACACACUCCUUGGCCCAUACAUUAUGAAUGUGACCAGUAGUGCUAAGCUUUGUAGUAAAAUACUCUGCUCAAAGAAUGGCCGCUGUGUGCGGCAGAAGAAUCACCAGGAAGCCUUCCUGCAUCUCAAUUCUGCCAGCUUCACUAUUAAGAAGCAUCAUGUUGCCCCUGGCUUUAUUCUGAUUGGCCAGAUGUCAAUGAAAGAUCAAAUCAAGAUGGCCCAAGAAUUCACAUGUCAAUGCUACGAUGGCUGGAAAGGAUUGCAUUGUGAGAGGAAGUCAAUCCACAAUGAGGUAUUCAGUCCUCACUUUCAUGACAUAUAAUACAUGUCAACAAGAAAAACUCAACCUGCAGAAUUAAUCUGUAUAAAAUUAAUAUCUGAUCAAUAUCUGAUUAAUUUAAUAUUUGAGAGACUAUAGGCUACAUUACAGUCAGCCAAGCUGGUUCAGAAUUCUGGCAGCUGUAAUCCCAUCAUCGCCUAUGAAAGGCAGAAGUGGCUGAAAAUUGGGCUUCAUCUUUCUGCAAUGAUACUCAAAGGCAUUGGCAAACAAUUUUUUCUCUCUCUUCUGUCAAGUGUAAGCAAAAAUCCUUCUAGAAAUGGUUUUCUGCAGGCUCUUUGCUUCUAAUGCAGUUUUGCCUUGCAGCAUAAGAAAACUGGCGUGCAGCUUCUCUUGAUCGUGAUCUGAAUACUGCACUGACAGCAAAUGGGCUUUUCUUAUGAAUAUAUUGUGUUUGCUUUCAUUGCCAUCUGAAGAGGUAACAUCAGUUCAGUGACAUCUUUGUGAUGACAUGUCGAUGCACGCAGAGGGAUGCAUGAUCAGGAGAAAAGACACACUUCAUUUCUUUGGGAGACCCAGAGUUUAUUCUUACAGUUGUAUAAUGAGGGUUUUGAAGGAAGACAGCUCUGUCAUCCAUCAAUUGCCUUUAAAAUAAGUGCAAAUAGUUCAGCAUAUUAUUGUUGCACUGGUGCUUUUCUAGGUUGUCGAAUGACUAUUUUUAUGCAGAGACUUCGUGAUUCAAGUAAAAGGCCAAAUCGGUUACCAGAUUUCUGUAAUUGAAUUGCAUGCAUGUAUAUCUGCUCAGGCUACCUCCAGUUAGAUUAGAUAUCCCAUCUCAAUUUUUUGCGCCUUACAUUAUUCUGCUACAGCUUAGACACUUGACUUUGAGAAGAGGGAACCAGGGCAAUACUGGCAUGUUACUGAGCUGAUGUAGCCGUUGUUUAUUGAAAUCACAAGAUUGCUAUUUUAUUAAA